CAAAUUGCACCUGUAGAAAGACAACAGCUUGGGAGAUCGAUCAAGUCUCGAAAGGCUUUCUCGUUUGAGUCGAGAUAUAUAUAUACAAAACUCUGUCAUGACGGACAAGCCUCCUCCAUAUCCUGAUCCACAACAACCUUAUCCACCACAAAUGCCAGGGUAUCCCCAACAACCUGGCUAUCCUCAACAACCAGGCUAUUCUCAACAGCCAGGCUAUUCUCAACAGCCAGGCUAUCCUAGUGGUCAACAAGCUGGCUAUCCUCCUCCUGUUGGGUAUCCAAGUUAUCCUGUAACCAGUACUACUACCGUAGUUCAACAGCCUACUACCGUAGUUAUUGCUCCAACAGCCUUCCAUGAGGUGCCGGUAUCUAUGUGCUGUCCAACCUGUAAGGCGACGAUAGUCACUGCUACGGAGUAUGUCACCGGUACAUUAACUUGGUUGGCUUGUUUUGGACUCUGUAUUAUCGGGUGUGAUGCUGGCUGUUGCUUCAUUCCGUUUUGUCUUGAUUCAAUGAAGGAUGUAGUGCAUACAUGUCCAAACUGUCGCUCUCAAGUUGGUGUUUUCCGUCGCAUGUAGAACAAGAGAAAUGUAAUAUAAAUCUUAAUUAAUUAUAUCAUUUGUAUUUAUUCGUUUUUUAUUUAUAACUUUAUGAGAAAGAAAUAUAUAAUUUUGAGUUAAUUAUUAUAUUAAGCACACAUAAAAUUAUAAGUGAAAUAAUUAGUUCAUAUAUAUAUAUAUUAUAUAUUAUAAAAUAAUAUUUAAAAUAUUUGAGCGCUAAUGGCUACCAUGUUUAUAUCAGAAUGCAGGCAAAGAUAUGCUCGCUCUACAAAAUAUCCCAUAAAAGCAAUAUCAAAUGGCUGCUUUUGUCUCUGUAUUGUUAUAUAAACACUCUGGGAUCGGUCGGAGCUGUAGAAAGCCCAAAAAGCAAGAGAAACACUUGGUUACGCCUUAUGUUCCUAAGCUUGCUUCUCUCCUACUCUACAGCUCCCAGCAUGUUUAUAUCACAGUACAGAGAUAAUCUGCCUGGGAGUGUUUUAUAUUCCUUAACUGUGGACGCACAUACAUGGAUGCAUUGCUUUUAAACAGAAAUAAUAUAUAUCAAUUGUUUAAAAUGAUGAAAUUGUAAAAAAAUUUAUAACUUUGUGGAUCAGUGCAUGCCAUAUUGCUCUGACAGAUUUUUUUUUCAUAAACAUUUGGUUUAAAUCAUCAUAAUUGCCACAAAGUUAAUAUUUUUAUUUUUAUUUCAUUAGAAAUUAUGUGCCUGGUUGCUGUAACAUAAGCUUGAUUGUCAUUAAUUACUAUAUACACCUAAUUGAAAAAACGUAGCAAUUAUGCAUAAAAUGUGCACUGGAAGGGAAAACUGCAAUACACAUGAAAUUAGCAUAAUUGUUUGUCUUCCCAUGCUCCCCUUCAGUCUUAGCUUUGAUGAUAUAACAUUUUUUGAACCCAACAACGUUUUUUCAAUUAGGUGUAUGCCAACCAGAGAUCAAUUAGCUGAUAAAACAAUUUAAGCAAUUUGACAACAAACUGUAAUGGUUUGCAAAUUAACAUCACAAUCAUAUGAAUAUAUAAUGUUUGUAAACAAAUUUUUAACAGACCGCAAAGUGCAAAAUAGUAAAUUUAGUACUGUUUCACAGAUUAUUUUAAGCACUGUAUUACUACAUCCAUUAACAGGUGUAACCUGUUUUGAGAGUAUUAUAAAAGAAGCCUGUAUAGAUACCACUUAAAAAUAUAGCAUUGGAAAAUAAAUAAUAUAACAAAU